AUGUGUGCAACAUGGCUGGUUCAAUAUGGUCAAUGGACAUGGAGAAUAUGGACAAGGAUUUGGUUGGUAAAACGGUGUGGUGCUCGACAACAGUGGUGGCUCAAACUGGUGGCAAACAUGGUCUUCAACAACAUGCUUGGUACGUUUCAACCAUUUUUAAAAAUAAAAAAAUUUGCUAAAAAUGCGCACGCGUCUCCUGCUUUCCUCACACUUGUUUUUUUUGUUGUCCUUGUCCUUUGUCUGAUUUUUCUUUUCACCAUUUUUUAA